AUGUCGUUCGGCGGGUUCGGCAGCUCGAGCACACCCGCGAGCGGCGGCUUCGGAGGCUUCGGCUCGGGCGGCACCAGCGGCGGCUUCGGCAGCUCCGCGGCCGCGUCUCCGUUCGGCGGCGGCGCCACCACGGGCGGCUUCGGAUCUUCCGGCACGUCGGCGUUCGGCGCGGGCGCGGGCGCGGCCAAGCCGGCCUUCGGGGGCUUCGGGGCCGCCGCCGCGCCGGCCACAGGAGGCAGCUUCGGCGCGCAGCAGACCGGCACGACGGGCUUCGGCGGCUUCGGAGCGGCCGCGGCGCCCUCCACGGGCUUCGGCGCGGCUGCGAACCCCGCCACCACGUCGGGCUUCGGCGCCACGUCAGCGUUCGGCGGCGGCGCGACUGCAGGCGGCUUCGGAUCUUCCGGCACGUCGGCCUUCGGCGCUAGCACCCCGUUCGGCGCCAAGCCGGCGGCGAGCCCCAGUCCGUUCGGAUCCACGAGCGCCUUCGGCGGCGGCGGCGGUGCCGGUACCACCAGCGCGUUCGGAGGAGGAGGAGCCACGACGGGCGGCUUCGGCACGCCAGCGCCGGCCAGCGGCGGCAUGUUCGGCAGCACAACGGGCGGCUUCGGCGCGUCGGCGGCCAAGAGCCCGUUCGGAGCGACGUCGACGGCCACGACCGGCGGAUUCGGCUCGCAGGCUACGGGCACCACGGGCUUCGGCGGCUUUGGCACCCAGCAGCCGGCGGCCGGCGCCGCGGCUGGACAGGUGCAGGUCGGCACGGGCCAACCGCCGUACCAGCCCACGCGCGAAAUGGAGCCGUCAGGAACGGGCGGCACGGCCAACUACAUCUCGAUCUCGCGCAUGCAGGCGUACGCGCACAAGUCGACGGAGGAGCUGCGCUACGAAGACUACUUGAAGCGCACGAACCCGGCGGCAGCCCAGGCGGCGGCUACGCAGAACGCGCCGGCACCCGGUGCGACCACGGGCGGAACCGGCGCGUUCGGGGGCUUCGGCGCCCAGCCGGCAACCAGUUCGGCUUUUGGAUCCACUGGAGGAUUCGGCACCGGCCAGCUGUCAGCUUUCGGUGCAACAUCCACCGCUGGUGGCGGCUUUGGGUCGUCUGCGUUUGGCUCGACCACUUCAACGACAACCGGAGGAUUUGGUGGAUUCGGAUCGCAACCGGCGGCGCCUGCCACGAGCGGCGGCUUGUUUGGAAAUACUGCUGCCCGCCCCGCGACGGGAGCGUUUGGUGCGCCAGCUACGAGCAGUGCGUUUGGCGCCGCGCCCGCUGCUACGUCGGCAUUUGGAGCUCCCGCUACAGGUGGUGCAUUUGGAUCGACGACGGGCGGAUUCGGAAGCAGCUUUGGUGCGACUCCUGCGGCGCAGCCACAGACUGGCGGCUUUGGAGGCUUCGGUACGACUACCCCAGCGGCUUCCUCCGGCUUUGGCUCUUCUGCGUUUGGCAAGCCUGCAGCGUCCACCGGCUUUGGAGGAUUUGGCGCCACGACCACGCCUGCUGCGGCCCCAGCUACGGGAGGCUUCGGAUUUGGAACUGCACAGCCCCAGGCUGGCGCGACAACGUCGCUGUUUGGAGGAACUAGCACGGCAGCACCUGCGUCAACUGGUUUUUCGUUCGGAGGUACCGCUCCCAAGCCUGCUACUGGAGGUUUCGGCUUCGGUGCCACUAGCGGUAUGAGCGCGUUUGGAAGCACGACGGGCAGUGCAUUUGGAGGUACUACGACGCCCAGUGCGUUUGGCACCACGCCUGCGCAACCGGCCGCCGGCACGACCUCACUCUUUGGCUCGACGGGUGGAACGACCGGUUCAACGGGCGGCUUUGGAUUUGGCACGACUCCAGCCGCUACGCCUGGUGCGACCACCAGUUUGUUUGGAGCGGCUAAGCCUGCGACAACUAGCCUGUUUGGAUCGACGCCUGGAAGUACGACUACGGGAGGGCUAUUCGGUAGUACUCCGGCAGCCGGUGGAUCAUCUCUUUUCGGGGGAGCUAAUACUGCCACGAGCACAGGAACCACUGGGUUCGGCUUCGGCACUGGCGGCGGAUUUGGUAGCACUACUACUGGUAGUUUUGGCGGCUUUGGAACCACUGCUACGCCUGCUGCGCCAACUGGAGGCUUCGGCACGACGAGUAGCCUGUUUGGGCAGCCACAGCAACCGGCUCAGGCAGCAGCCGCGCAACCACUGAACCUGGUCGCAGCUCCUGAUGUGAACCCGUACGGUGCCGGGUCGUUCGGUGCUGGUCUUGUUGAGCAAAACGUGAAGGCCGCGCUGGAUCUCCAAUCGAUCAAAACUGGAUCUAGUGCGUCUUCUCGACUCACCACAUUCGCUGAUGACGUUGGGCUUCCCAGGGGCCCACUGGACCCACCUCUCGUGACACGCCGUCAGACGGUCAGCAACCGUCACGCCAUUCCGGUGUCCUUUAUCCGUGGCUCGUUCAAGGGCUCGAAGAGCCGAUUCUCAACGUUCACGUCCCCGGCUAUUUCGUCUUCGCUUUCAAGCGGAGCCCGAACGGAUGGGAAUUCAAAGGGCGAUAGCUCUUCCAAGGAAGACGAGUUCAAGUUUACUUCGUCGCUGUUCCGAAACUCGGUCACGAAGAAGCUUGUGAUUGACAAGGGAGAACAAACUCCGUCUCGGCUGGGAGCGAGCCCUCACGUAUCCGUUGUGCCGAUCGCUGACAGUGACCGCCCAGAUGUUCACGAAAUUGGAAGUGCGCGCAGUCGGCUACUGAAGACCGGUGAUGAUGGCAAGUACAGCGUCACAUUCUGCAACCAGACAAACAAAAAGUCGUUCUCGCUGCGUCUUUACCCGAACCAGACUGUGAAACAAGCGAGAACUGAAGUGAAGCAGUUGCUGCGUGAGAGCAGUACUUCGACGGCAUCCCCCAUCGUCGACAUUGAGCUGGUUUUGAAGGGCCGCAUCGUGCAUGACGCAAGCUCCAUUGAAGAACUGCAGCUGAAGGACGGGGAUUCCAUCGAUGUUGUUGUGAUUGAAAAUCGCACCGAGGACAAGAAGCGUGAGGACCACAGCUCGUCGAUUUCUUCCCUGACUAAGAAGCCUGAAGCACAUACUAGUGAAGAGACGGCGCCGCCUAAGCGCUUCAUGACGUACGACGAGUACUUGGCUUCUGCCAGUCGCGAUGAGGACGACUUGUUCAAGGAAACUGCAGCGAACAGAGCCGAUCGUGACUCCCCUGCCGCUUCUUCUUGCCCUGUGCUGAAAAACAAAGAUUACUACACUAUCCCCUCGUAUGAACGCUUGCAGACAAUGACCGAUCAGGAACUCUCGCAAGUGGAAAAGUUUACUGUCGGCUGCCGAGGACUGGGGGCCGUUGAGUGGAUCGGUAAGACGGAUGUGCGUGAUCUUGACCUUGAUGAGCUGGUGUUCUUUGAGAAAAAAGAGGUGAUCGUCUACAAGGAUGAUGAGAAGAAGCAUGAACUCGGCAAGGGUCUGAACAAACCCGCUAUUGUCGAGCUGCUGGGAAUAUUCCCGCCGCGCAAAUCUUCGUCGCCCGAAAAGUACAAGGAACGCGUAAAACAGCGCACACAGGAUAUCGGUGCCACCUUCCUUGACUACUCUACGGAUAAGGGUAUCUGGCGGUUCCGUGUGGAGCAUUUCAGCCGCUACGGUUUUGAUGAUGAUGACGACGACGACGACGUUGACAUGGACGGCCAGAACGGAGUGGCGGACAGCAAGGAGCUGCAUAUGGACCAGCCCCCGCGCAAGCCAGGCAUGACACGAGGCCAUGUAGUCGGUCGUGGAAAGAGUCCCUUUUCGGCUGAUCGAAGUGGGCUGUUUCGUCAGUCUUGGAUCUACGGUGGCGAGGUGAACAAUAAUGUGGUUGCGUCAUUUGGAGAGCAGCAAGUCCCCAGCGCGGAUAGCGACAAGUCGAUCGCGAUGUCAGACGACUCAGGAGUGUCGGGACCUGAGUCCGACUCGCUCAUGGAUUUUAAUGUCGAGGAGGUGGUGGUGGCCACGAAGAAAGACCAGCGCCCAACCAGUGAAGUGUUCCCUGUCAUCCCGUACACCUUGAAGCCACUUGGCGUGAACAGCAACGCCGAUCGGUUGCCACCUGCGGAGAAAUCUACCACAUACCAAAUGAUGUUGCAGACCUCUAACCAAUCACAAGCGAAAGUCGUCCGAAACCAUGUCGACGGCGGCAUGUUCAUGGCUCGCUCGUUUCGCUGUUCCUGGGGGCCAAAUGGCGAGCUCGUGAACCUUGGAAAGCUCACUACGCGACCCGAAGUCUAUUCAAAUGUGGAAAACAAAGGCCGUCGUGUCAGUAUCGAGUUUCCUCUUCGUCUUUCCAAAUCGCGCAAGACCGAUCUCGAAGAAGGACUGAAGCUACACUUUGAGUUCACGUCGCAGGGACGGACUCCAAACCACUACGUAGAUCAUGAUGGAUCCGAAGUUCCAGUACAGUAUGCCCUCCCCGUCCACGAGCCGCUAAUGAACUGCUUGCACAAGUACGUUGCCAACGCUGAAAACCGAGUUCGAAAGGUACCAUGUGAUUCAUGUGAAAAGCAUACGCUUCUCCUAUGGAAGUUGAUCCAGGCUCUCUGGGGACAAGAACACGGUGCCAAAUUGGGCGAACGCCCUGAUUCUGUGUUCUACCCUCUUGCGUCGCGGGAUGACCCCAACGAAGUGGAGACGCUGGACACUUUUCAGACGGUAGAUCUGCGCCGUGAGGCCAUCUCUCAGUGGUUUGAAGCUGCCAUGAAGGAUGCGAGCAACGCGGGCGGUAUUGACGACUCUCCCAGCCCGGAAGGCGUGCUCCGUCUUCUGUGUCAGCACCGGAUCGCUGAAGCAGCGGAUAUGGCGCUGGACUGUGGUGACUUUCGCCUCGCGACGCUGAUUUCUCAGGCCGCAUCUUACGAAGGAACGGAUUUUCGCAAUUUGAUGGAGACACAACUUGCGCAGUGGAGUGAAAACGGAGCGCUGGACUUUAUGGACAAGACUCUUGUUCUUGUCUACAGUGUGCUGGCAGGAAGCGUGGAGGUUUUGUCAGCUCAAAAAGGUGCGAGUAUGUCGUGGAUCGCCUGCUUAGCUCUGUUCUUGUGGUACAAGCGCGGCCCAGCCACGUCCCUGAAGUCGGCCAUGACGCUUUACGAGGACGCUGUCACCAAGAAGCUUGCUUCUGACUCGCUUUCACGAUUUGCGACCUCGGGCUCAGACAAAGACGACGUUUUGAUGGAAUUGAUGAAGCUCUACAUCGAGGAUGUGGCUUCGCUGUGCAAAGUCCUCUCGCCAAGCGGCUUUAUGAGCCAGGAGUCGCACCACCUGGACUACGAGUUGUCGUGGCACCUCCACAGCGUUUUGCGCGCGAUCGGCUACAAGCUCGAUCGCCAGUGGGAAUCGCACAUCCAUCAGAAUUUCAUUCGCCAAUUGGAGGGCGCUGGCCUUUGGAAGGAUGCAGUCUAUGUUGCGCUAAAUAUCUCGGACGCGACGGAGCGCAAAAAUACCUGCCGCGAACUUCUGUUCCGCAACGCGGAUGCAUUGGCAUCGAAUGCCUCUCAGCGGGAAGAGCUGUGUGAGCGCUUGAGCCUUCCUUCCGAAUGGGUUAGCGAAGCUUUGGCGGUACGAGCUGUCGUGAGGCAGGAGCGUCAUGAGGAAAUUGCUCAGUGGAUUGCUGCGCACCGCUACGAAGAAGCCCAUGCGUGCCUAAUCUCUCACGUCGCGAUGCGUUGCCUCUUUGCCAGUGAGAAAGAUGUUCUGCUGCAGUUGCUGCUGGACCUUGAGCCCAUGUGUGCGUAUAUUCCUCAGUGGAAGAGCUGCGAGAAGGUGGACGCCAUCGGCGGCGGCCUCAUUCUGGAGUACCUUCGUUUGGAGCAGCAAAAAGGCCUUGAGGUUGGCCAUGAAGACCAGUUCCUGCAGCGCGUUAUGCUGCUCUCCCAGCAGCUUUCCAGUGCCCGGGAUGCCUCGGCGAAGGAUGCCAGCAAGAAGUCUGACAAGAACACGCUUUUGGCGCAAACUUCCGUUUCGUCGAUGAUCGUGUCCUUGGCGACGCAGGCGGUUCAGCUGCGUUCGCUGCUGUCGUACACCCAGGAGCGCGAAUUGACUGGCGAUGCCUCAUCGACCUCAACGCCUCUGGAGCUGGAGCCCGAGUUUCUCGGCGGACUCGCGCACCUAGUCACGGGUCGCGAGUCUUCCUUCGUGGAAUCGUACCGGACGAGCCAGCUGAUGCACCUCUGCUCCACGUUCAUCGACUGGCGAGCGUAA